AUGACGGAGAAAGUGCAAGAAGAGCGCAGCAAGCGUGGGGAGGUGGAAAAGCGCAAUCACUCUUUGUUGAUGGAGCUGGAUCAAUUGCAGAAAGAGGUUCUGGCACUGCGAGCCGCCGCCGCUGCAAGCUCCAAUUCUAGCGCAGCGUCACAGGGAGGGAGUGCAUCAACCAGCUCUGCGAGAGAUCAACUUGCCCCCACCAUGCUCGGUGACGCAGAAGCUGGUGAGUUCUGCUGGAAAGAACUUUUGGACGCCAAGAAGGCCAAAGAGAAGGCCCUCGCGGAGGCCCACCAACGUGCAAUGCAAGUGAUGGAGCUGAACGCGUGCAUCUCAAUGCAACACGACGAGCUUGCAGCACUGCGGACUUGUGCCAGAGAAGACCGCAAAGCACUCGAGCAAAGCGAUGCGACAGCAAAAGAGCUUCGCCAAGAGAACCAACUGCGAACACAGGAGACAAGCUUGCUGCGUGAGAAUGUAGACCACCUCACCGCUGAAAUGGGGAAACGCGGUGCCCAUUUUAAAGCGAUCAUGGAGAAGUGGACUGAGGCGCAGGCACAGAGUGAACACAGAGAGCGGGAAAAUGUCGCUCUUCGAGAACAACUGCAGACAGCUCGUCAGCGUGCUGAACUUCGGGAGCGUGAGCUGGAAACGCUUCGAGAUGAGAGGGAUGCCCUUCAGCAUCAAGCGAACCAACUCAAGGGGGCGGUGGCAGCUAAAACAGCGGAAUCUAAGGCCUUCCAAGCGUAUGGAGCUAGCGCUCGGGAGCACUUGCAGGCUCAGCAAGCAGCCAUACAGCGUCACACCGUAUAUCGUCGACAGGUGAAUGGGUUAGCCAGAGAAGCCAUCAGCUCGCUGCGUGGAAUGCGCGUAACACUGGCGCAGACUCGAACACCACUUGUGGCUAUCCAAGGAGAUUUCCGACGCUUUCUAGAGAGACUUCGGGCCCCCGUCAUGACACUCGUCGAACGUUCGUCGCGAUAUGCAAUUGCAGCCCAUAUGGAGCAUGCUCCGCUACGUUUGGCGUUGUAUAGCGCUGAACUGACACGCCGGCAUCUCCAUGAGCAGGUUUGGCGUGCGAGACGCGAUGCAUUGAUCAUUUGUCAGCUACAAAACGUUGAACCUUCUCCGGAUCCUGUGACCGGGGAUGACAGCGAGACUGACACGUUAGUGCUUCGCGCCAACUACAGCAAUGGCGAAUUAUUUUUGCGCGAAGGGGGUGAGAACUCUGAUGAAGUGCUGGGCGUCAAAUGCGACGCAGUGUUCUCGGACCGAGCUCGCGAAUGGGAUCGCCACGAAUCGGUGACGCCCCUUCUCCAAUCUGUCAUCGACGGAUGCAACGCAUGCGUCACGACGUUUGUAGGAGCCUCGCCACUACGAAUUGGGGCGUCUACAGUAUCGCAAACGGUCCCAGAGCUGCUACUGCGUGAGCUGUUUGCAGCCGUAGGAGCACACGGGAAUGAUGCUCGCUUCCAUCGAGCCAAGUUCACCAUCAGCUUCCUCGCCGUUUUCAACGAGACCGUUUACGACUUGUUAGGUCUCGAGGCUGUGGCAGCUCCAACGACCGAGGCAAACGCCUCCGCUGCUCGACAGAUUGUGGUGCUGGAGGUACAAAACGCCGAAGAGGCUUUGAUGGUGCUCGCUGGGGGUCGUGAAUAUCUCACUACCAAUGCGAUCCAGCCGUUUGGAGACACUAGUGCAGUGCCGGCACUAAUCGGGUCACUGACCCAUACGGUUGCGACGGUUUGCUUGUCGUACGAAAGCUUGCUCACAGGCGCAGCGCCAGUCAAAUCAAAGCUUCAGAUAGUCGAGUUGGCGCUAGGGUCUGGUAGUGGUGCAAAAUCUGCUGUAAACCCACCGCUCCCGUGGUCUGACAACCCUGACGAGGAGGUUAAACAACGAGUUACGGUCGAAAAUGGAGCGGAGGCGCUUCUUACGACACUAGCCGAAGUCCGGCUGAAAGACGUGGCCUUUGUGCGCUACCACAGCUCCAAACUCACCGUGCUACUUCAAGACACCAUAAAACCCGGAACAAAGUUCCUCGCACUGCAGAUGCGUACAGCGGUCGGAGGAGGUGAAGACUCGCGUAUGGCCUCAAAGAACAGCAGCCGCGAUCGCUCCCUAGAGGCAUUCAUGAACCGAUUUGCCUUACAACAGUCACAACUCGGCAGCGCUCUCCCGUUCUCCUCACUUGACAUGCAGGACCACGCUCGUCACAAUGCCGGCGCCGAAACAUCGUGGGGGACUGAGCUCGAGAUCAUGACCAGACGAUACGGCAAAGACGGACUCACUUCCUUAAAUCUUCCUCCCGCCCCUGUAGCAUCGGUACGCAAAGCGAAACCCAAUCGCAAAGGCGGAAAGGUGUCACGAAGCUAUAUUGCAGCAGCAACAGCCACGAAGAAGCAGGCGGCAACCAUCCUCAUGUUGUCACGCUCUGUGUCGAUGUCUCGACCCGCUGCCACAGAAACAUCAACUGCCGCAUUGACGACACCCACACCGUCAUCGUCCCACUCCAUCACCGGCACAGUGCUCAAGAUCCGGCGGGAAACUGCCUCGAGCGCCUUGAAGAAGACGCUGACCAACCGAAACUUUCAGGACAAACGCUCUCCGUUCCGCUAA